AAAAAGAAAACAAAAAUGGAAAAAAAGGGGGCCUCAUCCAUUGGAGGCCACUUCCGUGAGUUCCCUCUCUAUCCACUAUUCCACCACAAACUGUGGACCACAGGAGAGAGACAAGAGAGAGAGAGAGAGGAGACAAAGUGGAGAUUUUGUUCCGACCAGCCAAUUCUAAUCCUGUCUCUCUAACUCUACUCUCCUGCUUCCAUGGCAGUCGACCUGAAACACCAACGCCUGUAACCCCACCUAAUCCACCAUGAAUUUCAGUAUGUCUUUCUCCAACUUCUUCCACCCAAGAUACAACGAAGAUGGCACUACUCUCUGUGAUUUCAAGUUCCCUUCCGUUGAUAUCAAAACCCAAGAAAAAUCAAAGCUCACAGCCCAUAUAAAGCUCAAAACCAGUGAUGAAUUCUCAAGUUUAUUGCAGUCUUGCACAGCUAGGAAAGACCUAGCAGAAGGUAAGCUUUUACAUGCUCAAAUAAUACUUAAUGGGCUCGACCCAAGUGGCCCUUUAGGUUACCAUCUCGUGACUCUCUAUACCCAAUGUGGGUGCGUUGAAGAUGCACAGAAGGUAUUUGAUAAAAUGCAUCAAAGAAUAAAUCUUCUGUGGACCGCUAUUAUUGCUUGUUCUGUGAGAAAUGGUGAUCCUAAAGAGGCUCUUAACGUCUUUAGAGAGACGCAAUUAAGCCAAUUUGAACCCAGUGAACCGACUCUCUCAUGUGUCCUCAGAGCCAUUUCAGACCUUGGGUAUGUAAAAAAUGGCCAAGAAGUGCAUGCUUUCUUGAUCAGAAAUGGGUUAGGAACUGAAUACACAUUUCAAAAUUCUGUUGCCAAUAUGUAUAUCAGUUUCCAUAGGCUAGACGAUGCUGAGAAGGUUUUAGCUGGGGCAGGGAAAGUGGAUAUUAUAUAUUGGACUUCAUUAAUUACGGGGUAUGUCGAUAUGGGGUGUGUUGAAAAGGCUUUAGAGCAAUUUAGGGAAAUGGUGGAGAUGGGUGCUGAGCUUAAUGUGGUCUCUUGGACUGCAUUAAUAUCGAGUUUUGUCAAGAAUGGACAUGGUCAUAAGGCAUUGGAACUUUUUAGAGCUAUGCAGGAGGCUGGGGUGGAGCCGAAUUACGUGACCAUAGCAAGUCUGAUCGCUGCUUGUGCAAGGGUUGGGGGCAGGAGAUGGGCCAGCUUCUGUAAUUAUAUCAGAGAAGUCCAUGGUUAUGUGUUGCGCCAUGGCCUCGAGCUGAAGCCAGUUGAGGGGGGGGCUCUAAUAAAGAAUUAUGCCAAAUUUUGGGGGAUCGAUGAGGCUUAUUCUCUUUUCAAGACUCUCUCAAAGAAAGACGUGGUCCUAUGGACCGAGAUGAUCGGCCUGCUUAUGCAGAGUGGGUUGGACGAGCAAGCCUUGGCUUGCUUUCGCGAAAUGGUCUUCUUAAACACAAGACCCGAUGCUUUUGCUAUCACUACUAUUCUACCAGCCUGUGCUCGCUUGCUUGCUUUGAAACAAUGCAAGGAGAUCCAUGGCUACAUUCUUAGAUAUGGUCUGAGCUCAGAUGUAGUGGUGGGUUCCUCUCUCUUGGACACUUACGCCAAAUGUGGGUCUAUCAAUUCUGCUCGGUUGGUUUUCAAUGUGUUGGCAAGGAGAGAUUUGGUAUCAUGGACUGCCAUGAUUAUGGGCUAUGCCACAAAUGGGUUUGGGAACUUGGCUUUCUCUCUCUUCUCUGAGCUUGAGGAGAAUGGCCUUGAGCCCGACUACAUUACAUUUAUAGGGGCUUUGAUUGCCUGUGCAAGGGUAGGACUGGUAGAGGAAGGUCUCGAAGUUUUUAGGAGCAUGAGCCAAAAGUAUGGGAUUAGUCCAGGGAUGGAGCAUUACGCGUGCAUGGUCGAUCUCCUUGGAAGGGCAGGGCGCCUCAAAGAAGCAUUAAGUGUCAUAUAUUCUAUGCCUUUUGAACCAGUGCCUGUGAUUUUGGCGAACAUGCUUGCUGCCUGCCGACUUCAUGGGGAUCAUGAGACAGCUGAAUUGGUUUCGAGACAAAUGGAGGGUCGAGGAUUGGAAAAUCACAGUAUGAGAUUCAAGCCGGUUUUAUCAUUACAAGGAUGGUGAUACUGGGGGAAUCUCUCUCCUCGCUUCCAUUCCGUUAAUCUGAUAUUCAGGCUUUGAAUUGUGUCCAUAUUUUUUGUUUGUAUAGAUGUAUGUAUAUUUUUACAGCUUGUAAUUUUUCCUUUCAUGGCCUUUGAUUUUGUAAAUGUAAUCUUAUCAUCAAUUGGCUGACCCAAAAGAGAGUUACUAUUUCUAAUUAA